AUGGACCGAAGAUUCAUGCAAGAUGGAAAACAGCGCUAUGACUACCGAGAGCGCAACGGUCUCCGCGACCCACCGGAGUCGCAGGCAUCACCUUAUUCAGGCAGUAGCAACAGCGCCAAUCUUGAGGUUCAAGGAUUCCCCUCGUACCCUGUGCAGCCGUACCACACGCAAGUGGCCUCACGCACUUUUGCGGUCAAGCACGCCAAGAUGGCAGGCAAGGACCUCAUGGUCCUCGACAGGACCGCCGGAGCCAACACGCUCUCGUAUACCACCACAGUCAGCUCACACAAGCCGCAACUGAUGGUACAGAGAGCCUCUACCUCGCCCGGUGAGGCCGAGACCUUGGUGGGAAUGGCCGCAUUCUAUACCCUGACUUCCAAGAUCGACGUGCAAAUCGGCGGAGUGGGCGUCACGCUCCAGCGCCAUCACCAUAACACGCCCACGCCGCAUGCCACCUUCACGUACACCUCGGCAAGUCAUCCACAAGCUCGGAGAUUGAAAUGGAGGAGCAAGACCUCAUUUGAAUAUCUCGACUUCGAUUGUGUAAGCGAGCAGAGCGGCGUGGUGAUAGCACGGUUUUUAAAUACCAAGUGGAGCAUGUCCAAGCUCGGUCAGUUGGAGAUCUUGGGGCAGAACCUCGCCCACGAUGAGAAACUCGUGGAUGAGCUGGUCGUAUUGGUCCUCGCCCUGGUCGGGUUCUCGCAGCUGGAGCAAGCCAGGAAUUCCGCUGUUAUUUGA